UGCAAAAAAACCUUCCUGUUUGCCGACAAUAAAUAAGCUUGCAAACUGCUUUGCACGUCAGUCGCAUCGCUAAAUUUUUAAAAGGAUUAAGUGCUAGAGCGAAAAUGAGGUCUCAAGGGCUCUCGAUCAUUGCUGUCCUUUUGGUCGUUUUGGCCGUUUCCGCCGAGGCUUUGCCAUUUUUGCCAAUUAUUGCUAGAGAGUUAGCAAAACGGGAAGCUCCUAACCACCAAGCGGCUGAAGCGCCUGCCGGUUUUUCGGACGCGAAAAAGCAGGCGGACGACCCUCGUGCGGACGGAGGCGGUUUGGUGCCCGGACUGCCGUCCAUGCCCGGCUUGGGGGGCGGCAGUGAGAGCGGCGGCUCCGGAGGCGGCAUGAUGUUCAACCAGCCAAUGGCAAUGAUGGGUGGGUUCACGAUGCUGAUGAUGCCGGCGCAGGACGCGAUGGCCAUGGCUCAAAGCUUCCAGCAGUUCGCGUCCAGUAUGCCUCAGAUGCCAAACCUCAUGGGAUAGAAAACUUCUGCUUAAAUUUGUAUAUAAU